CAGUCUGAUAAACUUUCCUUGAUGGAGUCCAGACUGGCAGACAGCCACAACAACUCAGCAGCUCUGGAGGUCAGACUGAGAUCCACUGAGAAACAGCUGGAGAAUCACACUGCAGCUCUGGAGGUCAGACUGAGUGUCAGUGAGAAGCAGCUGGAAGAUCUGAAGACAGAAAACACAGUUCAGUCUGAUAAACUUUCCUUGAUGGAGUCCAGCCUGGCAGACAGCCACAACAACUCAGCAGCUCUGGAGGUCAGACUGAGAUCCACUGAGAAACAGCUGGAGAAUCACACUGCAGCUCUGGAGGUCAGACUGAGUGUCAGUGAGAAGCAGCUGGAAGAUCUGAAGACAGAAAACACAGUUCAGUCUGAUAAACUUUCCUUGAUGGAGUCCAGCCUGGCAGACAGCCACAACAACUCAGCAGCUCUGGAGGUCAGACUGAGAUCCACUGAGAAACAGCUGGAGAAUCACACUGCAGCUCUGGAGGUCAGACUGAGUGUCAGUGAGAAGCAGCUGGAAGAUCUGAAGACAGAAAACACAGUUCAGUCUGAUAAACUUUCCUUGAUGGAGUCCAGCCUGGCAGACAGCCACAACAACUCAGCAGCUCUGGAGGUCAGACUGAGAUCCACUGAGAAACAGCUGGAGAAUCACACUGCAGCUCUGGAGGUCAGACUGAGUGUCAGUGAGAAGCAGCUGGAAGAUCUGAAGACAGAAAACACAGUUCAGUCUGAUAAACUUUCCUUGAUGGAGUCCAGCCUGGCAGACAGCCACAACAACUCUGCAGCUCUGGAGGCCAGACUGAGAUCCAGGGAGACACAGCUGGAGCAGCUAGUGAAUCACACUGCAGAUUUGAGCUUCAGACUGAACCAAACUGACGAUCGUCUGCAGCAGCUCUCAAACACCAACUCAGGUGAGCUGAAGGUGGCGUUCUCAGCCGGUCUCACUGAUUCAGGAGCCGUCGGCCCGUUUGACGAGGAGACGACUCUGAUCUUCUCCAAAGUCUUCACCAAUGUUGGCCGCGCCUACAACCAGACUGCAGGUGUGUUCACAGCUCCUGUCAGAGGACUCUACUUCUUCAGCUUCACGGCUGCAGAUUACCUGAAGGGAUACAUGGGGCUCUACCUGCACAGGAACAACCAGCCAAUCAUCUUCAACCUGGACCUGAACGACCACGGCGGCUACGCCUCCACGUCCAACGGCGUGGCACUGCAGCUGGAGGAGGGCGACGCGAUCCGCCUCAGUCUGCCCGCGAGCUACCGGCUCUACGACGACUCCCGAAACUUCAGCGUCUUCUCCGGCUUCCUGCUGUUCCCCCUCUGACAGGACCAGGAUCAGGGUCUGAGGGAGAAUCUGUGCUACCAGACUGGAACUGAUAGACGGACUUUUGUUUUGGUGGGAAUGACUUCUUGCGGUUACAACCAGGACUUCUGAAGACGACGGUGAUGUGGAAAUUUAUCUCUGAAGCUAAUGAACAUUAAUAAAAGAGUCUGAGCGAGAGUAAACAUUUAAAUAUCACAACUCGUAUUUCAGCAACGAGAGUCGCGUUGCUGUUCUGGAGCUUUAGAUUGGCUGUUUUCUGAGUCAUUCUUAACUGGGGUGGGGGAUGUUUUUACUAUUUGUAGGAACUGAGUUUGUUUCUUAUUUCACCAUUAUAUAACUAUACUUCAGUCUCCACCUUAUUUAAGUGUCACUCACUUGUU